AGCACUGCUCCUUCCCUCGCACCCCCGCCGCCUCCCGCUCUGCUACAUGCGAGCCGCGGGCGAGCAGCGGGGCCAGCACGCCCGGGACUCCCUCCUUCCCCGCACGCCGCCCAGCUCCGCCGGCAACCGCACCCUUUCGGAGGGUGAUGAUGCUCCAGUAAUUUCCCCCGCUCCAUUCCCAGGCAUCGCUUUGCUUUCCGUCCAGGGAAGAUCGUUCCGCUUGUGAUCCUGCUGAGGAAAGAGACUCCGAUGGACUUACACCGGGCCGCGUUCAAGAUGGAGAACUCACCCUACCUCCCCAACCCCCUGGCCUCCCCGGCGCUGAUGGUUCUUGCCUCCACCGCCGAAGCCAGCCGUGACGCUUCCAUUCCCUGCCAGCAGCCGAGGCCUUUUGGGGUCCCUGUGUCAGCAGAUAAGGACGUGCAUAUUCCCUUUACCAAUGGCUCAUACACUUUUGCCUCCAUGUAUCACCGGCAAGGCGGGGUGCCGGGAGCGUUUGCGAACCGUGACUUUCCUCCAUCCUUGCUUCACCUCCACCCCCAGUUUGCGCCCCCCAACCUGGACUGCACCCCGAUCAGUAUGUUGAACCACAGCGGCGUGGGGGCUUUCCGCCCCUUUGCCUCUACCGAAGACCGGGAGAGCUACCAGUCAGCCUUUACGCCGGCCAAGCGCCUGAAGAACUGCCAUGACACUGACUCACCCCAUCUGCGCUUCUCGGACGCCGAUGGGAAGGAGUACGAGUUUGGCACACAGCUCCCCUCCAGCUCCCCCGGCUCCCUCAAAGUUGAUGAUACGGGGAAGAAGAUCUUUGCCGUUUCUGGCCUCAUUUCCGACCGGGAGACCUCAUCCAGUCCCGAAGACCGAAGUGACAGAUGCAAAAAGAAAGCGACUUUGUUUGACAGCCAGGCUCCAAUCUGCCCCAUCUGCCAGGUCCUCCUUCGCCCUGGGGAGUUGCAGGAGCACAUGGAGCAGGAGCUGGAGAAGCUCACCCAGCUGAACAUCAGCAAGAGCUCCAUCCUGAAGGAUGCCAUGGCAGCGGGCACCCCCAAGUCAAUUUUGUUGUCGGCCUCAAUCAAGCGGGAAGGAGAUUCUCCGACAGCAUCACCCCACUCCUCAGAUGACAUCCAUCACUCGGACAGAUACCAGGUAUCCCGGGAUUCCAACGGCCCCUGGGCCCUGAUUGGCCGGGGCUCGCCGGGCCUUGCUGCCGCCUGGUCCCUGGCCGCCUGCGGGAUGCGGUUCUCACCGCUGGUAUCCCCCCGGCCGAGUUAUCCACAGGCCCCGAACCCUGUGUUCCAGGCAAAGACGGGGCCAGGCUGCCGUGCUUUCCCGGCUCACCUGGCAGAAUCUUGCAGUAAACUUUCUAAACCAGCAGCCCGAGCGUCCCUGCAUCUGACGUCAUGUUUUGCUCGGAUUGGAAAAAUGAAACGGAGGAAGCAAGACGAAGGGCAGGUAUGUCCCCUCUGCAGCCGACCUCUGUCAGGAUCCGAGGAGGAGAUGAGUAGGCAUGUGGAACAAUGCCUUGCAAAGAGAGAAGGCUCGUGCAUGACUGAGGAUGACUCUGUGGACAUCGAGAACGAGAACGGCAACCGCUUUGAAGAGUAUGAAUGGUGCGGACAGAAGAGGAUACGGGCUACUACCCUCCUGGAGGGAGGAUUUCGAGGUUCUGGGUUCAUCAUGUGCAGCGGCAAAGAGAAUCCAGACAGCGACGCCGACCUGGAUGUGGAUGGGGACGACACACUUGAAUACGGGAAACCACAGUACACAGAGGCAGACGUUAUCCCUUGCACUGGGGAAGAGCCAGGUGAAGCCAAAGAAAGGGAGGCGCUCCGAGGUGCUGUUUUAAAUGGUGGCACACCCAGUACUCGAAUAACACCGGAGUUUUCUAAAUGGGCCAGUGACGAAAUGCCCUCAACGAGUAAUGGUGAAAGCAGUAAACAGGAGACCAUGCAGAAGACCUGUAAGAACAGUGACAUUGAAAAAAUUACAGAAGACUCUGCAGUGACAACAUUUGAAGCGUUAAAGGCUCGUGUCCGUGAGUUAGAAAGGCAGCUUUCCCGUGGGGACCGCUAUAAAUGUCUCAUUUGCAUGGACUCCUACACAAUGCCCCUGACUUCUAUUCAGUGCUGGCACGUGCACUGUGAAGAAUGCUGGCUGCGGACUCUGGGUGCCAAGAAGCUCUGUCCUCAGUGUAACACCAUCACGUCUCCCGGAGACCUUCGGCGCAUCUACUUAUGAAGGACCCAGCGGGAGGGCAGGACCCAGCUACUCGGCUCAGCUCAUCACACCAAGGGGGAGAAGAACGACAGCAACAACAAAAAAAGAAAAAAGACGUUUUAAAAUUUAAAGAAAAAAAAAACAAACCCAAACCAGAGACUCCAGACACGAACUCGAGGAUACAGGAGCAGUGGGGAGCCUCGGCUCCCAGACCCCGCAUGUUGAGACCUCCUUCAGCAUCUGCAGCGGGCAAAACCAAACCCUUUGUUGUGAAGCCCCCUUUUUUAAAACCAGUAUUCCCCAUCCACCCAUUCCCUGGAGCUGGCUUUGCAUCGCGGAUGGCUCGUGAGCCCUCCUUUGGACUGUGUUGUUGACCACUCUGCCCCCAGGAGACUGGGGAAGGGACCCUUGACAGAGAGAUGUUAAAUAACCUGUAACUUGUGUUCUUCGUUCAGUUUGUUUUUGUUUUGUUUUUAUUUGUUUUGGUUUGGUUUUUUGGUUUGGUUCUGUUUUGGUUUUUUGUGGUGUUCUAGUGAUAAAAAAAAAAAGGUUUAAAGAAAAAAAAAAACACACCCAGGCAGAAAUGAAGCACAUGUAAUAUAGAUUAUAUAUGUUUACAAUGUUGUGUAUAAAUGGGAUAGACUCAAACAUUACAUACUAAUAAGUUUCCCUUUCUUUUUUUUGGGUUGUAUUUUUUUUAAAGAAGAAAAAAAAAUGAGCAGAGAACAUUAAACCCAUAUUUUUCUUGGUUCAGCAAAGUUUUGGCAUUAAAGUCAUUAGUUUAAAAAAAGUAUAUAUAUACAUAUAUAUAAUAUAAAUGGUUUAAUGUUCUGUGGUGUAUAUUUCCUCAUUCAGAUAUGAAGUUAACAGCUUUUAGUAAUGGCUGUAGCAUUGCCCAUAACUUACAGAACUUAUGGGGAGUAGAGGAGGUGGAUUUUUGUCAUUAGUUGUAGCUAAUGGGGCUAUUUAUAAUAGAAUCGUUAUCCCCGGAAAGACACGGCUUUUAACUCCUCGCCGGGGGGGACGGGGCAGGGUGGGGGCGAUCUGCCUCAGCCCCCUUUGCCUUUCCAGGGGCUGGGGAGGGGGCAGUCGGUGUGGAGCUGGAGGGGGGCAGCCCGGCCAGAGCCCUGCCUGCUCCCCGGGGACGGCAGCCCCUGCUCGAGGGUCCCGCUGUCCCCCUCCUGCCUCCUCCAAGGCCGUAGCCCCUUCCCCUGCCCCCCUGCCUUGCUUUGCUUUCCCUCCUGCUUCCCCUCCAUCCUCAGGGAUGCCUGAGCUGCUCCCGGUGCCCGCUGCCGAGGCAGGAUGGCGGGGAAGGAGCGGGCACCGGGAGGGAUGGCAGGGGAUGGGAUGGCCCUGAUGGUGGCUUCUCCCGGAGGGGCUCGGCCGCUUCCCCAGCACUGCCCAUUGGAGAUGUACGAGCCCCACAGAGCCAGCCCUGCCCCACGCCGCCUUCCCCCAGCUCCUGCUCUCCUGGAGCAGCCUGCGUUUCACAAAAGAGGUUUUGGCACCAGGGUGGGGAGCCGAGCCAGCCCUGCCUCGUCCCCACGGCCACCCCCAGGGCUCACCCGCAGCCAGCAGAGAUGCUUCCAGCCAGAGCCAGAGGCUCCCUGCAGCCCCAGCUUCUCCCAGGCAGUCCCUCAUGCUUGGUCCCCAUCUCCCACAUCCUCAGCCUUAACCAAAGCUGCCAUCUGGCCUGGUUUUUUUGUUGUUUUUUCUUUUAUUUCCAGGACUCAAGAAACAAAUCCCGAUCCAUUUCCACCCACCCCAUGUGCUGACUUCUCCCAGCCCCUCACCCUGCAGCCCUGCCUCAGGUCCCCGGGCAGUGAUGGGGUGCCAGCUCCCCAAAGCCAGAAGACGGGGAGAUGAGGUUCCUCAUCUUCCUGCGCUCCUGCAGGGUCUUUCCAAGCAGAUCCCACCUGGCAGCACAACGUGGCUGAGGCAUUUUAAGACCAUCUGGAAGCAGCAGUGGAUGAGGGGUUCAGAGCUGGGACCCCCAGUGCUGCUGGGCUGUGGGGCUGUUCUGGAGAGGGAAGGGCUGAGGGGGCAGGAUGCCUCGGGGGUGAUGGACCCAUCACCACCUCCCUGUUCUCAGCUUGAUGCUGCUUAGCAGAGAGGAGCUGCUGUCCUCGGCACCUCCUGAGUGAUUCCAGAAAGAUCCCACUGCACCCCCCCCCCCCAAAAAAAAAAAACAAAAGCCAAAUUAAGGGAGCUGUAUUUUAUAAGCAUCUUGGCAAAAGGCAACAAUUCCUAAUUAAGAGUUUCCCGGGUCUCCAAGCUCAUAGCAGCGUGGUGGCCUUUUGAGACCAGAGACCUGCAGGCUCCCCGGCUCGGGGUCGCAUCCCUGCGGAGCUGCUGGGGUCCAGAGGAAGCCCAAGCACCCCCAGCAGGGUCCUGCCCCCCCGAGGAGGCUGCGGGCAGGGGAAGGGGCCGCAGCGGUGGGCAUCACUGCUGGGCACCCCCUGGCCAGCAGCACCGGGGCAGGGGAAGGGCAGGAACACACAACUCGGGUGGGGGUUUGUAAAAGAGGGGGAAAAUUUGGGGAAGUCACAGCUGGACUGAAAAAGCCACCCAUCCAGGGCUGCGCUGCCUGGGUGCUGGGGUGUCCGAGGUGGAUUUGGGGAGGGUGCAGUGGGGAGGGGGGGGUUGAGAGGCAGCCGGGAAGGGGGAGAGGGCAGGACACCCCACCCCAGCCCUUUCUUGGAAACAGACCCCAGGAGGGAGCCAGGUUUUCGGGUGGUGGUUUGUGGACCAGCCGUGUGCUGUAUGUACGUUAAGUGUAAAACCAUAUGUAACUAGUCAUUGGUUCUUUGUUUUGGGGGUUACUUUUUGGUUGGUUUUUUUUUUUGUUUUGUUUUCAAUUGUAAGGCCAUCCCCUGUUUUCAAGGGGGGGGGCUGCAGGGGGAAGGCUGGGGAGAGAGGCAUCCCGGUUUGUAACACGCAUCUGCCGCUUCCCCUCUUCUGUAAUGAGUUUAAAUGAUUUAAAAAAAAAAAAAAACUCAAAAAAAAAUUGAAAUAUCGGAGUUACCUAUCUUUGCCCAAAGAAUCCCAGUUGCACAAAGCGAUAUUCCGGUGUGUCGAUGAUUGUGUGUCGGUGUAUAUUAUACAAAGAGGUACUUGUCACUCCCGUUUGUAAACUACAUUUGACAUUAAUUAAACAAGUAUAAAUCUUC